AUGGGCGUUGACUUCGUCUUAUCUCUGGAACGGCCUUGUCUUUUCCACACGCGCUCUCUCAGUGAUGAUGAACCAUCUGGCCAUGCUAUGUCUAUGCAGGGCCUGUUACUUGCAGAGGCUCCUCAGAAUCUGCCGGAUCGAACUUCGUGGGAGAUUCCCGCUCAACAACUAGAUAAACUCUUCGAGCUAUCUGGAUCUCUUGGGUUGGAAGGUUUUAUUACACCUGUGCAAGCGUGGAAUAAAAUUAUUUCUCGAUACAAUGUUGCUCAGUUGCCGAACGGUAAAUUGAGUAUGUUGAAAUCUGCCAUGAUUCCACAUAUGAAAUGCGUUGGGUUCGGGGCAUUCAUGGAAGAUGAUGAGUUUGAGAGGCUUCUGGAUGAGACUUUACAAUAG